UGGGGUUUCCUUCUGUACUUAUCUGAAGUGAUGGACUUGAUUUCCCCCUAAAGACCAGUGUAUAACAGAAUAAGCAUUCAUUUCAAGUGGAACACAGACCACCAAACAGGGAAGUUUUUUUUCCUGUUUAGGAAGAGGAAGCGGUAGCGGACUAAAAUGCAGCACUCGGGGAUGGGGUAUGAUAAAAGUUUGUCGUCUUCUUUCUAGUCGAUUUCCUGCGUUUUAAUGGAGAAUCAGCCGAUAAUGAACCACCAAAACCCAAAUUAUGGAGUGGCCAACCCCGGGUACUUCCCGACAGCAGAAGGGGGGGCAGCUAUGUUCGCCCCACCCGCAGCAGACUUCCAGGGCCCCAGUGCUCCUCCGGCCAGUAUGUUUGACAGCGUGCCUGGCUAUGAAGGAACAGUGGCGGGAGGUGAAGGUGGAUUUCUACCUCCUCCAAUGCCUGCUUACCCAGUUCCUCAGCCUGAACCUGGACCUCACCAACCACAUUGGAAUAUCCCGUCUAUCAGCGAGGACACUGCCCGGGAUGCGUUUGUCCGGUUUGCCUCCAGCAAAUGCUGCUACAGUGCAGCACCAGCAAAGGAUGGUGCGAUCACCAGUAUGGAGGCAUUUAAUGCUUACAGGUACCGCCUGGAAACCUUCACUGAAUCACGAUCUACAAAGUGGAAGCAGGAGCCAUACCAUGGCCAGCCAUUGGAUGCCUUUACCCAACCUCCACCAGGGCCGUGGGAUAUUCCUGCAAAAUCCCCCACCUUUUUUGUGGAUGACAAGCAGGUUAUAAAGGUUCCCAACACAUCCUCUUUGAAGAGCUGCCAUGCUUGUAUGGGAAUGGGGAGAAAACCUUGCAAAGACUGUGUUGGUGCUGGAAAUAAAGUUUGUUGGAUUUGCAAUGGAUCCGGUUUCCGCCACGGAGAUGUUCGAUGCGACCACUGCGGUGGCAGAGGGAGGGAAAAUUGCAGCCACUGUCACGGGCAAGGAUCGAAGCAAUGUGACACAUGUCAUGGAAAACGACAGCUUCUGGUCUACAUCAAACUCACUGUGAAAUGGACCAACAACACUGAUAACUGUGUUGUGGGACAGUCAAGUGGACUGCAGUUGGACAACCUGAGCAAAGUGUCUGGCGAGGAGCUUUUCAAAGACACUCAGUACAUGGUUUACCCAGUGACCGGCUUUCCAGAUGAUACAGUGGUGAAUACUGCACAGCGCCUCGUCGGAGAACACCAGAACAAGUUCUGCCAGAACUCACGUAUUCUACAACAGCGUCAGACCAUAGAGCUGAUCCCCGUCACCAAAGUGACCUACUCAUGGAAAGGGAAAUCGCACGUUUACUUUGUGUACGGAAAUGAGUUCAGAGUCAGUGCAGAUAAUUAUCCUGCUACCUGUUGCUGUACUGUCAUGUAAUUGAAAUGCUUUCAUACAAAGGUAAUUCAAUUCCAGAUCAUUGGCUGUCAAAAUUAAGCAGUUUUACUACUAGCAGUGUUUCCCUACCAUUAUAUUGGGUUGGGGGCGUUAUUAUUAUUACAUGCCACAUUAUUAUUAUGUUAUUAUUAUUAUUACAUGCCAUGUAUCAAUCAAUCAAUUGUUAUCUGUACAGCACCAAUUCAUAACAAGUAUUAUCUUGAGAUGCUUUACAAAAGAACAUAUGGGAUAAUAUACAGGCAGGAUUUCUCCUUUGUAUGCAUGAUAUAAUAAAGAAAAUGCUUAUUGAUAACAUGUAAAAAUUAGUAAAUGAUACACUCUUUACACAUUUAUGUCAGUAAUGUUGUCGUUUCCGUCAUAAAUCAAAAUGUUUUAUACUGAAUAUUUUUUGCAUUAUUAAACUUUUAGUAACAUGUGUAACGUGA